AUGGCGGAGGUCGACAAUAGAAGCCAGCUACUGUCACGGAGAGCUACACUGCUUGCUGCUCUGGGUCGGGCAGAGGUUUUUGCUGUGGAGUACGACGCUCUUCGUGACGAAUCGCAGGUACCUUUGAGGUUGGAGUACUUGAACGGAAUUUGGAAUAAUUUGGAGACCGUUCAAGCGGAACUGGAGGACAACGAAACCAACGAAGAUGGUAAGGUCGAGCAUGCUGCUGUGCGUGCUGAUUUCGAGCCCCGGCUCUUUAAAAUAAAAGCAUGUCUUAUUUCAAAAUUGUCUCCUCUUCCUAACGAUCGGAGCCCUCAACCCUCUCGUGUAUCCUCCACUCUCUCUGGUAUCAAGCUGCCAACAAUUUCGUUGCCUGAGUUCGAUGGUGAUUACAUGCAAUGGCUUGCAUUCCACGAUACUUUCUUGGCAUUGAUUCAUUCAAACUCUGAGGUCCCGGAUAUUCAGAAAUUCCACUAUUUGAGGGCAGCUGUCAAGGGGGAAGCUGCUCAGUUGAUUGAAUCGAUCGGUAUCAGCUCUGCGAACUAUUCUUUAGCAUGGCAAACUUUAGAAAGCAGGUAUUCCAACGAUUAUUUGCUGAAGAAGCGUCACUUGCAGGCACUGUUGGACAUUCCGAGGAUGAAGAAGGAGUCUGCUGCUGCGCUUCACGGGUUGGUGGACGAAUUUGAACGUCACACCAAGAUUCUUCGACAACUGGGAGAACCAACCGACGCCUGGAGUACCAUUUUGGAGCAUCUGCUAUGCACGCGUCUACACGAUGACUCUUUGAAGGCAUGGGAAGACCAUGCAUCUACCGUCGACAAUCCGGAUUACACUUGUCUCAUAGAUUUUUUGCAACGAAGAACUCGAGUACUGGAAUCGAUCUCAGUCAACCAUCAAACUGCUGAUUCGCAUUCCGCUUCUGGUCCACCAGCUCAUUCGUCGAAGAGAACAUUCCAUUCACAGCUUCGUCUCUCUUCUUGUGCCUCCACAGCGAGUUCACCAGUAACACAUGUUGGUGAGAAAUGUGUCCUCUGUAACCAGUCCCAUUUACUGAUGAGAUGUCAGCGUUUUAACCAACUUUCGCCGAGUGAACGUCAGCAGUUUGUGAAAUCAAAACGUCUGUGUCACAACUGUAUGAAAGGUGAUCACAUUGCCCGCAAUUGUCCAUCCAAUUUCAACUGCCGUAAGUGCAGCCGUCGUCAUCACACUCUUCUCCACUCUGAACAGCCCGACGGUUCCAGUCGAUUCAACAAUGAGGGUACAUAUACCGCUCCAGCUACAACCGCUUCGACUUCUUCGCAGCCCAGUGGGUCUUCUGCAGCACAACCGUCUACGCAAUCAACAGUUGCUGCUACUGAGAGCAUCCCGCAAACUGAAGUCAGUGCCACUGUCCAGCAGUACCGUGAGAACGUGUUCCUUCUCACCGUGAUCGUUAAGGUGAUCGAUGCAAAGGGUGAUUUUUCGUGCAGCGUCGACUUUCUUGUGAUGGACAAAGUAACGGCGAACCUUCCAUCGCAAACCAUAUCAACAAAAGAAUGGCACAUUCCGAAGGACUUAUUUCUUGCAGAUCCGUCUUUCAACGAGAGUCAGCCAAUCGACAUGGUGCUAGGUGCCAAACAUUUCUACUCGUUCUUCCCGAGUGCUGCACGCCUGCAGCUGGGCCGAAACCUUCCUCUACUGGUGGACAGUGUCUUCGGCUGGAUUGUUGCUGGGUCGACAAACCAAAAUUCCCCUAUACAAGUGACGUCACCCACCUCUGUGAUUGUUUCGAUGAUUUCUUUGGAGGACAGUCUAGAGCGUUUCUGGAAAACUGAAGAGCUGACUACCAAGGACAACUACUCUGUUGAAGAAAGGCACUGUGAAUCGUUGUAUCAAUCAACCGUAUCCCGUGAUCCUACAGGACGAUACAUCGUUCGGUAUCCCCGUAAACCAGACUUUAACGUUAUGCUAGGAGAGUCGAAGAGCACUGCACAACGCCGUUUCGGACUACUUGAAAGGCGUUUGGAACGAGAUCCAAACCUAAAAGAUGAAUACCAUUUGUUUAUGCGAGAGUACCUCUCCCUCGGCCAUAUGCGGCUGGUCGAAGCGGACGACGAACACCACUCUCAAGCCUACUAUCUGCCCCACCACCCCGUAAUUAAGGAAGCAAGUACGACGACCAAGGUUCGGGUCGUAUUUGACGGCUCGGCCAAAACUUCUACCGGCUUCUCUCUAAACGAAGCUUUUUGCGUGGGUCCUGUGGUACAAGACGAUCUUUUGACCAUCAUCUUGCGGUUUCGUACCUUUCCGAUCGCCCUGGUCGGUGACAUAGCCAAAAUGUACCGACAGGUACUUGUUCACCCCAACGAUUCUCCUUUGCAGCGCAUCCUUUGGCGAUUUUCAAACCAGUCUCCAGUCCAGACAUACGAACUACUCACUGUUACGUAUGGUCUCGGUCCAUCUUCUUACUUGGCAACACGAACUCUCCAGCAACUGGCAGAAGAUGAAGGUCGAACAUUCACUGCAGCUGGCCCAGCACUUAGAAAGGGUUUCUACGUGGACGAUUUUAUUGGUGGAGCUCAAACCGUGGAAGAAGCAAUCCGUCUUCGCAUAGAGCUCGCUGAACUAUUGGAAAAGGGAGGAUUCGCACUACGUAAAUGGACCUCUAACCGGCUCGAAGUUCUGCAAGGUCUCACCGAUGAUCAGAUUGGCAUGCAAUCCGCUUUGCACUUUUGUCCAAAUGAAACCAUUAAGGCAUUGGGAAUUAGUUGGGAGCCCGAAGCUGAUUUCCUUCGUUUCGACUCACAGAUUCGACACAGCGAUGAACACCCGACAAAGCGAACGAUUCUCUCCGACAUAGCACGACUAUUCGACCCUCUUGGAUUAAUCGCCCCUGUCGUCGUCCGAGCGAAAAUUUUGAUGCAGGAACUGUGGCUUCUAUCCUGCGGCUGGGAUGAUCCUGUACCAGAACCCAUCAAGUCUAAAUGGGAAAGCUACCAUCGAGAACUGGCAAAGAUUUCGGAGCACCGUGUAGACAGGUAUGCUUUAUUACCCGGCUCAUCUAUUCCACUGCACACCUUUGCAGAUGCUUCCCAAUCCGCAUACGGUGCAUGCACGUACGCUCGCUGUGAAGAUGGACGAGGAAGAGUGAGGAUCCAGCUUUUGGCUUCAAAGUCACGCGUCGCCCCACUGAAGCGAAUCAGCAUCGCUCGAUUGGAACUGUGUGCUGCCGUGCUAGCUGCUCAUCUGCACACCCACAUCAAAAAGGCCAUCGACGUCAACAUAAUAGCAUCCUAUUUCUGGUCCGACUCAGCUGUCACUCUACAGUGGCUACGAUCUCCACCAAACGUAUGGCCCACGUUCGUUGCCAACAGAGUGUCAGAAAUCCAGCAGUACACACACGGAUGCCGAUGGAAACACGUUCCUGGAGGAGAAAAUCCAGCUGACCUGGUUUCGCGCGGUAUGUCUGUCGAAGAUUUCCUCAAAAGCUAUUUGUGGACUAACGGCCCUAGUUGGUUAACACGUUCCCUGCAAAAUUGGCCCAAUUCGAUACCUCCAGGUGUCCCACAAGAGGUACUGGAAAUAAAAACAACUGUCGUUGUCGCUCAAGUAACACCGACAGUGCACCCUUGGUUUCUACGAUGGUCAUCAUACAAUCGCCUUCUUCGCAUCGUUGCAUACUGUAUGAAAUUCGUCACCAAUACCCGAGCCAAAGUGCGCACGCAGCCCCCACCGACUCCCAUCGACCGAUCACUUACCGUCGACGAACUAACAAAAUCCAAAAUGCUUCUCAUUCGUUUGGCUCAACACGACGAUUUUGCUGCAGAAAUAAAACAAUUGGAGGAAGGCAAUUCAGUUUCGAAGCGUUCCCCCCUUCACUUGAUGAGCCCAUUUAUAGACCCAGAGAGAGUGUUGAGAGUGGGAGGUCGUUUGAAUCUGACGCAAUUACCCUACCAAGAAAAGCACCCCGCUUUAAUUCCUACCAAUCAUCCGCUAACUCGCCUCAUCGUCGAACAUUUUCACCGGAAACUAUUCCACGGCGGCGGGCGUCUACUGCUGACAGCGAUUCGAGAGGAAUUUUGGCCCCCGAGAGGCCGCAAGCUAAUACGCAGCGUCGUCAGAAAUUGUUUUCGUUGCACACGCCUCAACCCGGUACCUGCCCAGCAGCAAAUUGGUCAAUUGCCAGCCCCAAGAGUAAUACCCAGUCGUCCAUUCAGUGUCACAGGUGUGGAUUAUGCGGGUCCAUUGUACCUUCGACCAAUUCACAAACGUGCCGCACCUGCUAAAGCCUACCUGUGCCUCUUCGUGUGCUUCGCGACCAAAGCAGUCCACCUAGAAUUGGUUAGCGAUUUGUCCACCCAAGGCUUCUUAUGUUCGUUGCGAAGAUUUAUUGCCCGGCGUGGCCGGCCCGCGCACAUUCAUUCAGAUAACGGGAAGAAUUUUGAAGGGGCUAAGAAUGAACUAUCUGCACUGUUUACCAUGCUUCAAAAUCGUUCCCAGCAGGAAGAAAUAUCUUCUGCCUGUACCGCAGAAGGAAUUACCUGGCACUUGAUACCCCCUAAAGCCCCCCACUUUGGCGGUUUGUGGGAGGCGGCCGUAAAGGUAGCGAAAAAACACUUGUUCCGACAGCUGGGUUCAAGUCGACUUUCGUUCGAGGAAAUGUGCACGAUUCUUACCCAAAUCGAAGCAAUUAUGAACUCGCGACCGUUGCUUCCAAUGACAGAAGACCCUAAUGAUUUAGCCGCUUUGACACCUGCCCACUUCCUCAUCGGAUCAUCGAUGCAUGCCCUGCCCGACCCAGACCUACGGAACAUACCUGCGAACCGACUCGACCACUACCAAAAGCUGCAGAUGCAUGUGCAGCAAUUUUGGGUCUAUUGGCGAAAAGAGUACCUGCAGGAGCUACAAAAAGACACGAGACGAUGGAUACGGAACGACGAAAUUAUCCCUGGCAAACUAGUCAUCAUCGUUGACGAUCUGCAACCACCAAUUCGUUGGCCACUCGCUCGCAUCGAAUCAGUCCUGCCAGGAAAGGAUCAACUUACGCGAGUUGUAUCACUUCGUACUGACCGCGGUAUCAUCACUCGACCGAUUACAAAAAUCUGUCUGUUACCGUGCACAACGACAGCCCCAGAAGCAGAAGGAUGUUUAACGAUGGCCAACAACCCACAACCGGCCCAACGGAGUCCGGAUACACCACUAGAAUAA